UGUGUAGAAUUUACAGCUUUCAUACUCUCCUAGCCUUUUCCAUCAAAUAUAUGAGCUGACACAGAUAGUGUACACUGCUUCCUGCUGGUUCUGUGCUCUGUGGCCCUGGAGGAUUUUUUUUUCCUGAAUAUGCAAGCUUAGCCUAUAUUGGUGUCUUGCUGCGGUUGUCAUAUUCUGUUCAUUACUGGUGCAGCUGGCUCCAAGAAAAAGUGGAUUGGCAACCUCAUGGAAUAGUCAAAUUUUUUUUUUUCUCCUGCGGAUUUACAUGAAGUUAAAAGAGGACGACCAUAUAUAUUCCUUGGUACAUUGAUUGAAGGCAACCAGUUUCCUUCUUUUAAAAAAAAAGAGGACCACUUCUCCCCUAAAGACAGACUAAACUGCUUCAAAGACUAACUGUUCUCUAGAUCUUUUGAGUCGUCUGGAGUCAUCAGUUGGAUAUUUUUUUUUCACAUUAAUUUCUGUACAACUUUCUUCGCCUAGAAAUGGAGUGACUCUCACCAUUUCUGCGCCCCUUUUCGUGAUGCGGAUGGUCAUGGUCAGAUUUAGUUUUGAGCCCACAACCCGCUGUUGUCCAUGAAGAGGUUUGGCAGCCUAAGAAGGAGUAAGAAGCGGAAGGAGCAAGAUGGGUUAGGAGGGAGACACCAGUCUGAGGCAUCAUGUCUGUCUGCCUCUGGCCUCUCCACGCCACCCCCGACCCAGGCAUCUAGCCAACCUGUGUUCACCCAGGAACCCCAGGCGAGCGGGCCCAGUCCUGAACGCUUGGAGCCGAGCUCCAGAUCCCGUUCCCUCUCCACACCUCCAGACACAGGACAACGUCUCAGCCUCCCCUCUGCUAAACCCCCGAUUCCCUCCCCAAGCCCUGUGCCAUCUUAUUCUACCUCACAACAAGUCUACGGUUUAUUCGAAGGCAUGCUGGAGAAACUUGAACUAGAUGAUGAUGCUGCUGAACCUGAGAGUGAUAUUUACAUGCGCUUCAUGAAAUCCCACAAGUGCUACGACAUCGUCCCUACAAGCUCCAAGUUGGUUGUGUUUGACACAGCACUCCAAGUUAAGAAAGCUUUCUUCGCCUUGGUAGCAAAUGGUGUGCGAGCUGCUCCAUUGUGGGACACAGAGAAGCAGAGCUUUGUGGGAAUGCUGACAAUCACAGAUUUCAUCAUCAUACUACACAGAUACUACAAGUCACCAAUGGUGCAAAUUUAUGAAUUAGAGGAGCAUAAGCUUGAGACAUGGAGAGAGGUUUACCUUCAAGCAACGUUCAAACCUCUGGUCAACAUAUCACCCGAUGCAAGCCUAUUUGAUGCGGUCUAUACCCUCAUCAAAAACAAAAUUCACCGCCUGCCUGUCAUCGACCCCGUCACAGGGAACGCACUUUAUAUUCUCACACACAAGAGGAUCCUCAAGUUCCUCCAACUCUUUAUGUGUGAAAUGCCAAAGCCAGCUUUCAUGAAGCAGACUCUCGGGGAGUUGGGCAUUGGUACGUACCACGACAUUGCUUUCAUCCACCCAGACACGCCCAUCAUCAAAGCACUCAACAUCUUUGUGGAGAGACGAGUGUCUGCUUUGCCUGUGGUAGAUGACUUGGGCAAAGUUGUGGAUAUUUACUCCAAGUUUGAUGUGAUUAACUUGGCUGCUGAGAAAGCAUACAAUAACCUGGACAUUACAGUGACACAAGCUUUGAAACAUCGCUCUCAGUACUUCGAAGGAGUCGUGAAGUGCCAUAAAAUGGAAACAAUGGAGACCAUUGUGGACAGAAUUGUCAAAGCUGAAGUGCAUCGGUUGGUGGUGGUGGACGAGCGCUCCAGCAUUGAGGGCAUCAUCUCCCUGUCGGACAUCCUCCAGGCCCUGGUGCUCACCCCUGCAGGUGCCUGCAAGGAGGAGAACCUGACUGGGUGAGAGGGAGGAAGCGUAAGCAGAAGUGGAGACGUGGUGGGAGUAAAUAAGUCGGAAGGUUGAGGUAGGGAGCGUGAGGCUGAGCGGAGCCAGUCCGAAGGUCCCAGAGACGCCUGCAACUGAUGCACUAUGGAGGCUUGUAAACCAAAGAGGUAGACAGCUGAGUGAAGUGGAGUCCCUGCACUGAGGAUUGAUUUUUCUGGAUUUGCCUUUUUUUUUUUUUGUUUGUUUUUUUGUUUUUUGUCUUUGAACACUGAUCAGAUGCACACACAUACAUUAUACUGUAUACACACACACACAGAAAUGCAUUGUGGUUAUGUGCCGGGGGAAAGGUGGGAACGUCGAGACUGGUUCUCAUAAAUUUGAGCUUUAGUGUUUUGGGUAUAGUUUUGAUCAUGCUGCUGUCAUCAGUUGAUUUUAGACACAACGUAGUUGAUGCUGAACGUCGUCAGCUGCAGGAAAUCCUUUUCCUCAGUAUUUGCGGUAGAAAGGUGAUUGACAGAUUCAAAUUCUUUGGUAGCAAAAUUGCCCUUCACCAACGAUACGGCCAUUUUAUGGCUGUAUGUUUAAAAUCAAACAAACAGUUUGCCAGUGCCAAUAUGGAGCCCUCAAUGCCCAGUCUUUAUUUGUGCCUUUUCUUUGCCCUGCCCUCAUCAGUUUGAAACGCGCAAUAUUUGUGUCCUUUGAAUUUUUUGUCAUCAGAACAGUGCAAUCAUUUGUAAUUUUAAAGAAUGUAUGUGUGAUAUUAAAGGAGUAAAAAUGUACAAAAUGUACCUUCUAAAUCACUAAAAUUCAAAACCAUGGCAGAAAUGUAAAGAAUUUCAUUUCUGAUAAAUAGAGGUCACUAUGAAAAUAACCCUAAAAUCAUUUUGACACAUUCAGCAGAGGCAAAUAUAACUGUACAUUAAUAAGGAUUCUAUCAGCCAAGAACUAUGAGUGAGUACACCUUGUUCAUUUUACAUCAGUAGUGAUUAAGAGUCCUUGUGACUUAAAGAUGCAUAUUGGUAUGACAUGACCGAAAAUGUCUUUUUAGAUGCUUAAAAAAACACUUUUUACAUUUUCAGUGAUUUUUGUUGCUUCAGAUAAUCUAAUACUCGCAAACAUGGAAACCAACUGGGUUAUCUCAGCUGUAGCUCGACAGGACUCAUCUCCAUCUUGGACUGUAAAUAGGAUUGUCUUUCGGAAAACGUGUCACAGAAAGCUUUAUUUUUAUGAAUGUGUCAACAUGUUUAAAGAGACUGCAGUUUUAAUGUUAUUUUUGUAAAUAUAUUGUGGCAAUAUGUCCAGUUCAAAGAAACUUUGUAUCAGAUCAACAUGUACUGUAAAUGUGCAAGCAUGAGAAACUACACUUCAGCAGUAUGAAUGUUCUUUGUUUUACUUUUUCUAUUUUUCUGGCUGCAGAAAAAUAAAUGGACACUGAAUGUACUUUAAA